AUGUCAGUUUCCAUUGAAGUUCUUGACAUCCUAUCUACUUUAGGCUUCGAAUUCUGCGAUCCCGUUCGGGAAACCACUGUACCGUUGUUAUGGAACUACAAGGAUUUUCCGGUCGACACCGCCACUGGGAAUUCUGCUAUAGCAAACAACAUUAGUUCAACAUUCACAGGAAUUUGGAAUUCUUGUGAUUCUAUUAUUGUUGAUUCUGCCCCAGAAUUGAAGCACAAAGCAGGUGUGGCUAUGGAGUGGUCUGUUGAAGAACAAUAUAAACUAGAGGAAGCAUUUCCCAAAUAUGUUGAUGAACCUGAAGUUAUAAGGUGGUUGGAAUUGGACCUAAAGUUGGUUGCUGAUAUAGGAAUAGUGGGUGCUCCAAAUGCAGGAAAAACAUGUUCUUAA